UUAAGUAGGAAUUAGACACAAUGUUUAUGCUGCUAUUUUUUGGAAUCAUUGGAUUUGCUAUUGGACGUGUAAUUACACUAUGUAUCUCAUCAUUCUUUCAUCAAAGAAACUAUCUCAAUGAAGCUUGUGCUAAUACAAUGAUAAUAUUAGGAUCCGGUGGUCACACAACAGAAAUGCUGGAAAUAGUCAAAAAAUUGAAUAAAGACAAAUAUGUACCAAGGUUCUAUGUUGUGUCUGAGAAUGAUCAGAAUUCGGUUGAUAAGCUAUUAAGCAUAGAAAAUGAUAAAAGUGAAUACAAGAUUUAUGUGAUCACAAGAAGCCGGAAAGUCCAUCAAAGCUACUUCUCAUCAAUAUUUACUACAUUAAAAUCAUUCAUAGAUUGUAUCCCAUUACUUCAUCACAGCAGACCUAACUUAAUUCUCUGCAAUGGACCUGGAAUUUGUGUCCCCGUUUGCAUUGUUGCUUAUCUCUUAAAAGUCUUUUACAUCAAUUCAGCAUGUCGCAUUGUCUUUAUUGAAAGCUACUGUAGAGUUAAGACAUUAUCAUUAUCUGGCUGGAUUUUAUUGUACAUGACUGAUCUUUUUGUUGUACAAUGGCCAGAACUAGCUAAGAAAGUAUCUAGGAAAGUAAUGUAUUUCGGUCGGUUAACAUAAUCAAUUCACUUUUUAUUAAAUCCUUAAAAAUUCUUUAUUCUGAUGACAUGACAACUGAAUAAAGUUCAUUAUCUUCUCCAUUAGUUCCGUCCAUGUCUGUUUCAAUUAUAUAUUCCUCAAUUUCUACAUCCAUUUCAGGAUGAACUGACUUUAUGUGAUCU